GUUAGCACCAGACCUGUUGGGAAGCAAUACCAUCUCUACAGAAUACAAAAAACAAACUUUUUGUAGUUGUUUUUUUUUGCAAUCCUCGCGACUUUUGUUUAUAAACAAAACCAGCGUAGCGAUGUCUGCUUCUGCCGACAGUCUGGCCGCCGCCGCGUCCCUGGACAAGUACGGGGACGAAGACAUCUUCAGCCUGCUAAUCCGCUACGGACUUUAUGUGGGUGCCCUCUUCCAGUUCGUUUGCAUUUCGGCCGCAGUGCUGAUGGAGAAUAACCCGGAUGGCAAUAGUAACACGGAGACCGGCGAAGUGACGGAGCGGGAAGGCGAGCCGGUCCGGACACGUCUGCACAAGAUCCGGAAGCUGGAGAAGAAGAAGCGACGAUAGAUGUAGCCAUCCGUAAUCCAUAGCUAGCCUAAGUACUCUCGAAUGCAUUUAUUAAGAUAAUUGUAAUAAAAACCUAGUCUACAGUGUUUAAAGUAGAAACAUGAACCUGAA